ACUCCUGUUGUCAAAACCAAAGAUGCUGUUGAAGAGCCUAAAACCACAGACUCUUUUAAAACAGACACUUCUCAGACUCAUCGAGUUAGCAGCGGCCUAAUGCAGUGUGGGGAAUACAGCAAUGAAGUGAUGCCAAACGGACAGUGUCGUUUAAUAGCCACAUUACCUCAGCUGGAGGAGCAGAGGUGUCCAGACAUGUUCCGCUGUACAGAUGAGGUCUCCUACUGGCUGCGUGAGAAUGAAGAGCGCAAGCAGCAAAUGCAGGACCUGAAAGAGACCAUCUCAGAGCUUCAAGAGGAGCUGAGGAAUCACAGGCAUCGCAUCAAAGUGCUGGAGCUGCAGCGUGAGGAGAAGUAUGGCGUAAACUCAUCUUUAGAGCAUCGAUUCCACAUGCUGCAGGAGAUCUAUGAAGAGGCCAAUGCACUGCUGCACAUCCACGGAUCACUCAUAUAUGACAUGCAAACACAGAUUCGCAACCUCACUAUGAUAGUAGAGCGUGUGAGGCGCAAUCCUGGCUGUAUGAUCAAUAUCAUCCGCACAAAUCCGCUCCUCGGUGCCCAAGAUACCCUUCAUCCAGAGGUUCAGCAUGUAAGGAACUGCCCUCUUGACUGUGCAUCUCUGUACUACAAUGGAGUCCACAGAUCUGGGAUUUUUACUGUUGUCCCUUCAAUACGAUCGACUCCUGUAGAAGUUUAUUGUGAUAUGGAGACCCAAGGAGGUGGAUGGACCAUGUUUCAGCGUCGACAGGAUAGAAAGGUCAACUUCAACCGCAAAUGGACAGAAUACAGGGAUGGCUUCGGAGAUCUGCGUGCAGAAUUCUGGCUAGGAAACGAUCACAUCCAUGAUAUCUCCAGCCAGGGAGAGUAUUCCCUUCGUAUUGACCUUGAGGACUGGAAUGGCAAGCACAAACACGCACUGUACCAGAACUUCUGGAUUGAGAACGAGGACAACCUCUACCGUCUCCAUGUAUCAGGAUUCAGUGGUACAGCUGAAGACUCGUUUGGCUGGUACCAUGACAAGCAAAGCUUCAGCACUCCAGACACAGGUGACAUCUGUGCUGAGAUAUCUCACGGAGGCUGGUGGUACCAUCAGUGCUUCUUUGCCAACCUCAAUGGAGUGUAUUAUAAGGGGGGGCGUUACUCUGCCAAAGGGAAGAAUCUUCUGGGGCCUGAUGGGAUUGUGUGGUACUCAUGGAAGGACUCAGAUUACUAUUCCUUGAAGAAGGUGAGCAUGAUGAUCCGCCCACGGACCUACAGGUCCCGUCUCUCUCCAUAACACCGCUUUAGGGCCUGUGUAAAACAAUACUGCAGUGACAUCAUCAGGUCAUUGUUGAUUCUCCGUGGCUAAGCAAUUACGUAAACUGUGGUUAAAGGGAAAGUCUCAUCUGGACGUUCAAGAUAAGAUUUUGGCCACACGUGUCUCAUAAUCUUGGUCUUUGGCACACUGAACCAUUCAAUGUAAAGUAACUAAAAUAAGCAAAUUA